UUGUGGUUGAAAAAGACUUUUGGAGAUCAGCCUAUCCCCCCGUAUGAGGCAGAUACUCGGACGGUAGAUGUUUUGUACGAGUUGGCGGAAUGCAACGAGUCCAGGGAUGGAGACGUCAUGCUGUUAAUUGACGACAUGAAGCAGAAGACAGUGGAGUAUGAAUCAGAUGGCAACUAUCUACAGGGUCUUCUGAUGGAAAGUUUAAAUCUCUCUUUCACCGGCCUGUCAAAUGCCAGCACCAGCUAUCUGAACACCUUGGUGGACACAGCCAUAGCCUUAGAAACAAAAGACACGUCCCUUGCAAGCUUCAUUCCUGCCAUCAAUGACUUGUCUUCAGAUGUGUAUGCAGCAGAAUCAAGAAACAAAGACCUGGAGCAUGAAUUGACCACCCUGAGAAAAAAACUCACUUCAGCACUGGUGCUAGAAAAGCGUCUACAGGACGACCUUAAAAAAACUGAAGAACUUCUGGCGGUGGAAAAAGCCAAAGCUGAUAGCCGAACCCAGAACUUGAAGUUCUUGAAGGACAAAUCUGAGGACUUCAAAUUCAGAAUCACGGCGGCCGAGGAACAACUUACUGCGAGUGGGAUGGAUGCUUCCUUGACACAUGAGUCUCUAGUGAGUCUCUCGGAGAAACUAGCAGAGUUAAAGAAGCAAGCAGCACCUCUGAAGAAGAAACUGGACUCAUAUCUGGACCUUACGCCCAGUCCUUCUCUUGCUCGAGUGAAGAUCGAGGAAGCCAAGAGGGAGCUGGAUGCGCUUGAGGCAGAGUUUUCUACAAUGGUGGACAUGUCGGCGCUUUCAGCGCCUUUAUCUGGCAAACGUCGAUUUACCUAGUGACACUGAUAUGGAAA